GGAUACCUUCUACCAAUACAAUGUACUUCCGUACACAUAAAUUAUUUUCAUUUAUCAAUGCCAGAUAUGCGUCUUCUUUACUUAAUCAACGUUGGGGCCCACAUACAGGACCAAAAGCAGUAAAAAUUGUGGAAGUGAGCCCCCGCGAUGGUUUGCAGAAUGAAAAACAAUUUAUAUCAACAGAAAACAAAAUUGAACUUAUCAAUAAAUUGUCCGAGACUGGUUUAAAGGUUAUAGAAACAACGUCAUUUGUGUCUCCGAAACUAGUGCCACAGAUGUCAGAUGCUACCGAAGUUAUGGCAAAAAUUACACGUAAAUCAGGUGUGGAUUAUCCCGUCUUAGUACCUAACCUUACGGGAUUGAAAAAAGCUAUAUCAUCUGAUGUAAAAGAAAUAGCAAUAUUUGCAUCUGCUUCUGAAACAUUCAGUAAAAGGAAUAUUAAUUGCACAAUCAAUGAAAGUUUGGAACGAUUUCAAGAUGUUGUAGAUAUAGCAAAUGCAGAAAGAAUUGCUAUCAGAGGGUAUGUUUCUUGCGCUCUUGGAUGUCCUUAUGAGGGAGAGAUUUCUCCCAUCGCGGUUGCUACGAUCGCCGAGAAAUUGUACAAAAUGGGUUGUUAUGAGAUUUCUCUAGCUGACACGAUUGGCGUUGGUACUCCUGGUUCUUUGUCAAGGAUGUUGAAAGCUGUAUAUCAGGUUCUGCCAACGGAACGUAUAGCACUGCAUUGUCACGACACUUAUGGUCAAGCCCUUGCAAAUAUACAUUUCGCACUAACGUCAGGAAUAAGGGUCUUUGACAGUUCUGUUGCAGGUCUAGGUGGAUGUCCCUUCGCUAAAGGAGCAACGGGCAAUGUUGCAACGGAGGAUGUGGUGUAUAUGCUUCAUGGAAUGGG